AUGAUCUAUUCUUCAAUCACUCGACAUUGUAUUCUUUUCUUUGCAAAUAUCAAUCAAGGACAAUUACGAUUGAUGACAACCAAUACAAAUACAAAUGUUUAUAGUUUCAAUAAUCGAAGUUCGAUAAAUAUAACAUCGAUAACAUCAAUGAAUGAGACUGUUUAUGGAAUAUGGAAUACAACAGCAGGUAGUGACAGUUUAUCCGAAUACUCUGGCUAUCAGCCCGGUUCAUAUUGGCCCGGUGAAUCAGCUAAAAAUGUGUUGGAUGGUAAUUUAACUACAGACUUCACAAGUCAUGGUGUUUGUAAUAGUACUUUAUUCUUAUUGACAUGUGGAGAAAAUACUGGUUUCUACUUUAAAUUUCGAUACACAUCGAUGAUUCUUGUUGGAUUUCGAUUGAGUACAAGUUUAUGGUAUUUAAUGCGUGAUCCAUUAACAGUGACAAUCGAAGGAAGUAAUUUCAAUGGAUCUGCUCUCACUCUUGGAUCAAGUUGGACAUUGAUUUACAAUGGUCCUUCAGGACUUCUUUCAAAUCCCGGACGAGGACAAUGGGGAACAUUCCAAGCACUUUCUGGUCCUUUCAUAGGAUUUUCGAGUUUUCGUUUUCUUGUCACUUCGAAGAGAGGUGUAUAUCCUGCUGUAGGAUAUUCAGAAGUUCAAUUUUAUCAUUUUUAA